AUGAAGCCUUUUAUCCCAGAGCCAAACGACUGGUUCAAUCAUUUCCCGUCAGUGCCGAGGCUCGCCCGGCAAGUCCAUGUAGCUUUGCCGUGCGUUGGAAUCGACGGCUCCGGCUGGGCCUUAAAACUUUUGGGAGCCAACUUCCAUUGCAACAAUGUCUAUGACUUGGAACGCCGCUACCAAAAGUACCUUGAAACCUACAUGGAGAGUGCGGAGCCACCGCGCCUGGGCUCCGACAAUGGAGAUGUUCUGAAAGUCAAACUGUCUGAAUGGGAACGACCUGUGCACCUGCUUCUUGCAGGGCCUCCAUGCCCGCCUUGGGCAGGGAAUGGCAAUCACAAAGGUGCAGAAGACCAACGCGCAGAAGUCUUUCUCCGCAUUGUGAAUGUGGUAGGGUCUUUAGCAAAAUGCGGGGAGCUGCAAGCAGUGGUGUUAGAGAAUGUGAAAGGCAUUCUGCACAAGCAGAAAGGCCAGACAGAAUCCUUCAUGGAUAAAUUGGUCUCAUGCCUGAAAGCUGAAAUCCCGGAGUUUUUGUGGGACGUCUCCCUGCUGAAAGCGAAGGAUUACCUCUUGCCACAGGACCGGACCCGGGUUUUCUUACGUGGGAUCCGCUCAGGUGCUGCCCGCUUUUGGGUCCAAAAGUUUGAAAGAAUUUUUGUCCCCGGUAUUCCCUCCGUGAAUCGGGGAAGCUUGACUUCAUGCAUGCAGAAGAACCUCAAAGAUGCCCAAGGACAACUGAAGGAGUUAUUCGCGAAUGGUGACCUUGAGGAAAGCGAUAUUGUUUGCUUUCCUCUGGACCGAGCAGAUGGAAAGUGCUACAAAAGACAGAUUUGCAAAAACAAGGUCCCGACGCUGACAACGUCAAACAGCUACCUUUUUGUGAGCGACAUGAAUUUUUCAAAGCCAGACCAUGAAAGAGAUUUUUUCCGUUUCCUGUUGCCGCAGGAGCGGUUCACACUGCAAGGAUUUCCCGCGUUCAUAUCCUCAAGUUUCAACAGCCAGGCCUUGCAGAUCAAGGCUGCUGGCAACGCCUACCCUGUCCCGUUGAUUGCUGCUGCAGUGGCUGGCCUGCUUGAAAAGAUUGGACCUGAUGAUUUGCCCCGCGUUGACAAGGCGCUGGAGGAUCAGCCAGCUCUUCGCCUUCGCUUGGAAGAAGCCAUCAGUGUCCGAAAGCGAAAGACAGCAAAGCAUGCGCCAAAAAAAGAUGAUGCAGAAAAGACUGUGGAUCAGACCGUGACCGGCCAUCAGCGACCCUUGAAGAGGCCUGCAUCUGCAUCUUCGACCACGGUGGUCAAAAAUCUGGAGAAGCCUCGCUUCAAGGACGCCUGGCGCUUGAAUGGUUUCCUGUCCUCUUCGUCCAGCUCCAGCUGA